GGCGCGUCGUUUGCGCGACCGUUGGGUGGCUGGCGCGUUGAAGCGAAAACGGGCUUGCCGCGGUCUGCGCGCCGGCCUAGCGAAGAAAGCCGAAGGCCGCCGCCGGGAUUGAGCGCCGAGUGAGGGGUAGUGCUUGAUGCGGCGCUGUCGCCGCCGUCUUCGUUGUGGACUGGUGCCAACGGCGAACGGGUGCGGGCCGCGCCGAUGUUGCUUCACGACGUAGGAAGACGCCUAGCGUGCCGAGAGAGGCUGCCGCUCCUGCUCUUGGCGCUCCUUGGGACCGCUGCGUCUCCGGCCUUGUCGUGGGCUUCGCAGGGCAUCGAUGAUGACGUGGAGCCAUGGUGGACUACGGUGCGACGAGAACCGCUCGCGGCAGGAGUGUGCCCGGCAAGCCAGGACCUUUGCACCUUGGGUGCACUGGACAAUGUGUGUCGAUGCGACGCCGACUGCGGACGGUACGGCGACUGCUGCGUCGACCACAGCGGUGUCUCUUCGGGUGCUCAGACGUUCCCCGACGCGGCGUCUCAAUGGCGGUGCGUCCUCGAGAACGGCCGUGAGUUCUACGCCCUGGCCUCGUGCCCCGAGGACCCGUCGGUGGACUGGGACUUGCGUGACCAUUGCCUGGA